AUGCUACCGACGACGACGUCGGACACCGAUGAACGCCUGUUGCAGCGGAGUGCGGCCGCUGUCGUCAUGGUCGCCGGCGAGCUCGCCACGGACAUGGUUGUUGAGAUCGAAGUGGCCGAUGAUGGUGGCGCUGUGAAGAUCUGGCGAGGGCGAGGCGAGAUCCGGCGAUGGCGAGGCGGCGCUGGGUGUGGUCGGAGGCGGCGAGAGGUGGCUGUGUGCUGUGGUGCCGCCGUGUCUCUGUCGGCGAGAAGAGGGGCGACUGAGGCGCGGCGGCUCGGGGCUGCUGGUGGUUCUGCACGUCGAAAGCUCGCCGGUGUGGGCGCUGCGGGACUCUCGUUGUUGAUGCCGCAACUCGUCGGAAAUGGGAGCUUCGAUGGUGAUGACGGAUGA